GUUCCACAAUUUGCUGCACCGAUCGCAACAAUAGAUGACGAAACUACACUUAAGGCCCUGAAGGGUGAUGAUGGCACCAGUGGAGGGGCGACCUGUGCUGUGCUGGCGAAGAUGCAGACCACAAUAAGAAAGUGGAUUGACAACGACGAGCAAAAGAAGUUGGACAACUUCGACACCACGCAGACUCUUCACGAUGCUUGCUUGGAGGUUGCCAAUGCGAAGCCGAAGGUGAAGUUGCCUACCUACAAGCGUAUGCGGACUGUCAUGUUGGACUACAUUUUCCUGAAGGUCCAAAAGUCAAUCAACCCCUUGACUGUUUGUUGGGACAAAACCGGCUUCACAUUCAUCAUAGACGGAUCGACAGAUCGCAAAGAACCAGCCGGUCAUGAAUUUCCUAGCAGCGGGGGAGAAAGGAGCAGUUUUCGUGACCAUGCAACAACAUUGGCGAAGUUGUGGGAACAGGUGAUGCGGGAGGUCAGGUUCAAACGAAUCAACGCGAUCUACACAGAGAAUGUUGAGGUCGACAAGAAGGCAGUGCAGAUCUUGGAGAGGCGGACCGAAAGAGACGUUGCAAGGAUACCGCGGGUGUCAUCAUCACUGUCAUGUGGAGCGCAUUGCUGCGGUCUGUUGUUGAAGGACCUCAGUAGUUUGCCUUGGGUGAAGGACACAGUGAAGACGACGGACAUGAUCGUGAAGUGCAUCAGGAACCAUCACGCCACGCACGGUCUCAUGAUAUCCAUCGAUGACUCGUUGUCAUUGUUGCGCCCGACAAAGGUCAAGUUCGGGUCGGUGUACCAGAUGUUGCAGAGGCUGGCGGGCAGGGAGGAAGUGUUGAAUGAGAUGGUGGACGGAGGUUGUGCAGUGACGUGGCGGGCAUUGAGAUGGUCGGGACAAAAGCUGCAGAAAAAAAACGACCUUGUCUACUACAUUGUCAGGUCAGAGAGUUGGUGGGACACAGUCAGGAAAAUUGUGGCAAUUAUGGAGGCAGUGUACAACCUCCUGAAGAGGAUGGACAGGGAAGGAGUUUCUCCCACCAUCCUUGUGGAGUUUGGCGAUCUCAUUGCGAGGAAAUUAGCAAACGGCGUACUCACGAAAAAGGAGAAGGAGGAUGUGAUGGACAAGGUCAAGAACCGCGUGCAGACUAUGUAACACCCGUGGACGCGUCCGCGGGUCCAAUCUCGGAUGGCGGACGCAG